UUUAAUUCAAAGUAUUUUAGUUGCCAUGGACACGUCACAUAAUCGAGAAUUAUUGACAGCAAAUGUAAGAUUUACUCGAUAUCUACAUAAUGUUGAACUCUUCCAGAAUGUUUUCAAACAGCUUAUUCAAAUUUUCACUAAUCGCCAGUGAUAUAAACUUUUAUUUUUAACUUGGAAAUUUUUCAUCUCUAUAAAAUAGUAACUUGUGAAGAAUUAUUAGAAACAGGUCACUGACUUUAAUCAAUAUGAAAGAAUCUAAACUGGAAGUGGGAUAAAACAAAACUGCGCAUGAUCGGUGGAUGUUGGUGAAAAGUAUUGUCGCAUCUCGUUCCUCCUUCAGUCUUCCACUAGAAGAUCAUGAAGAGAAUGACUUGUUUAAUCAUCACAUGCUGCUCAUAUUUUCAGUAUCGGAGCAAAACUAUACGAGAUGACUUUGCUAAUUAAGCUGUUCAUCCGAAAGUGUAUUUUAAAUGAAGGUGAUAUAUAUAAGAGAGUAUAAAAAUACAAAUCGCUGAUGGCUAAUUUGAUUUUGCUGGUGUAAAAAUGGCUUCUAGCAACGCUUCUGACAACAGUAAUUCGACUGUAAAAGACAUCUUCGGUUCGCAAUACCAUAAAACUAUCAAAAUUGCCAUCAUAAUAACUAUGAUCGUCAUUUCUCUUAUUGGCAACAUCACCGUAUGCUGUCGACUGUUUCCCAAUCGCAGGAAUCGUUACGCAAAGGCUACUAUACUUUUUCUCAACCUGGCAGUGGCCGAUCUUUUAGUCACAUUCGUCACUAUGACAUCACAAUUAGUUUGGGAGAUAAUGGAUCGUUCUUGGAUCGCCGACGAUGCCUUUUGUAGGAUUUUUAAAGUGUUGCAGACUUUCGCUUUGGUUUCUUCUAGAUAUUUAUUAGUGAGUAUUGCUCUAGAUCGACAUUUUGCUGUCGUCCAUCCACUUACACCAUGCCUACAACCGGCCCGUUUGGCUCUCUUGGCUUGGUUAUUCUCGUUACUGCCAUCGUUACCGAAUCUCUAUUUCUACAAAAAGAUAAAACACUCCGGAGGCCGCUGUUAUUGCACCCUGUUACACGAAGACCAGACACAAAGCUACAGACAACUUUAUACGAUUUUUGUAUUUUUAUCGAUAUUCUUCAUUCCUCUUCUGCUUUUAAUUAGUUUGUAUUCUAGGAUACUGAUCGAAAUCUGGAAACAAUCGUCCGCUAUGGAUUUACAUUAUACUACAGCUUCUACUCUACCCAGAGCUAAGGUGAAAACUUUAAAGAUGACUUUAACAAUUUUAAUGGCAUUUAUAAUCACUCACGUUCCUUCUAUAAUAGAAGAGUUUGUCAUCGCCUUUAGCAACCAGAAAAUUUUAGAUUCUAACUUAGUAGCGCUGUUGGACGUCAUAUCGGCUAGCAACAGCGCUCUCAAUCCAUACAUUUACCUCACAUUUCAUGCCAAAGGGAAAUAUUUUGUUAAAAAGAGCAAUAAAGACGGAAUUUCGUGCCUAACAGCGAGAUCUACCGACACGUUGAGAACCACACUUCGUUCGACCGUAUCCAACAAAAAGUUAUCAAAUCCCAGAAUUACUUUUCCAGUCGCGCCGUUCACCAUCACACACGAUAGUGUUGUUCACCUAAACAAAUGGUCAUCUAUCGAAGUUGUAAAACUUAACAAAAACUUGUUUACGUAAUUUGUUGUAACAUCGAUAUAUUUUAAUAAGUUGUUUUAAUAAAUUUUAUAAUUAU